CAAAAAUCAAAAAACACAAAAGAAAGAAAAAGAAAAAACUCUAUCUUCUUCUUCUUCUCCUCUCAUCCUCUCCCUCCAAUGGCGAGAGUUCUAGUCUCGUCUCCAUCUUCCUUCUUCGGUUCGCCUCUACUCAAACCGUCGUCGUCUUCGCGUCACGUACAGUUUCUACCGUACCGAAGUAACAAACAUCAUCUCAGCACCACGGUACGUUUCAGCUUAAACGAGCUUCCUCCUCUUCCUCCUCUCCACGGCUCUGUCGACAUCGGAGCGAUUCUCACCAGAGCGGAGUCUCUCUUCUACACCAUAGCCGACGCAGCACUUGUCGGUGCUGAUCCGGCUGUGGUGCAGAAGAGUGGCGGUUGGUUCGGAUUCAUCUCCGAUGGUAUGGAACUUGUGCUUAAGUUUUUGAAGGAUGGACUAACGGCGGUUCAUGUGCCGUACGCUUAUGGAUUUGCGAUUAUUUUGCUUACUCUCAUCGUCAAGGCAGCUACGUACCCUUUGACUAAGCAACAGGUUGAAUCAACGAUGGCGAUGCAAAAUCUUCAACCCAAGAUUAAAGCCAUUCAACAACGUUACGCAGGCAAUCAGGAGAGAAUACAACUAGAGACGUCACGCUUGUAUAAACAAGCUGGUGUUAAUCCAUUGGCAGGUUGCUUGCCAACUUUAGCUACCAUACCAGUCUGGAUUGGUUUAUACCAAGCUCUCUCCAACGUGGCCAACGAGGGGCUCUUUACAGAAGGUUUCUUUUGGAUUCCAUCUCUUGGUGGACCAACAAGUAUCGCUGCUCGGGCCAGUGGAUCUGGCGUCUCAUGGCUUUUCCCCUUUGUGGAUGGGCAUCCACCAUUGGGAUGGGCUAACACCGCCGCGUAUCUUGUUCUGCCUGUACUUCUUAUUGUCUCUCAGUAUGUGUCAAUGGAGAUUAUGAAGCCUCCUCAAACAGAUGAUCCUGCGCAAAAGAACACACUUCUUAUUUUCAAGUUUCUUCCACUCAUGAUUGGCUACUUUGCAUUGUCUGUCCCAUCAGGAUUAUCUAUAUACUGGUUCACAAAUAAUGUACUUAGCACCGCCCAACAAGUUUGGCUGCGUAAACUAGGUGGCGCAGCGCCUACAGUCAAUGAAAACGCAAGCGGAAUAAUAACUGCAGGACGAGCGAAGAGAUCUUUUGCUCAGCCUGAUGAUGAUGCUGGCGAAAGGUUUAGACAACUAAAAGAGCAAGAGAAGCGCAGCAAGAAGAACAAGGCCGUUGCGAAAGAUACAGUUGAACUGCUAAAGUCUCAGUCUGAAUCAGAAGAAGGUUCCGAUGAUGAGGAAGAAGAGGUUCGUGAAGGAGCGUUAGCUUCAAGCACAAACAAGCCAUUGCCCGACGUGGGACAAAGAAGAAGCAAAAGAUCCAAGCGGAAACGCACUGUAUAGAAUCCAAAACAAACAUAAUCGCAAAGAAGGAGAAAGAGAGAGGGAGAUGUGAAUCUUUGUCCUUGAUUUAGUUUGAUCUUGAUAUAUUUUGCACAUACAAGUCCAGCAAUAUCUAAAACGUUUAUAAAUUAGGGCAAAAAGGUCAUUCUAAAGUUAUAUGUUGAAUUUGAUCAAAAGUAAAUUGAGGUUGUAACGAUUGCAUAUUUGUGGAAUUGAAUGGUAUAAAAUGACAUUCUCUCCUA